AUGGAACAUCAAUUCGCUACCGAAAUUCACACUUUAGCACGAAAGUAUUAUCGCAUACUCUGUCUACAAGCCGACAAAUAUCUUUCAUAUGUAGGUCGCUCACUAGAACCAUACGCAACACAAAACGCAAUCCUCAGAUUAUUAAAACCAACACUAACUGACACCACAACCCUGCAUUUAACACACACUGGCAGCAAAAAAGUAUGCCCAAUUUCAAAAUUACUCACCGCCCGUGGCGAGCUGUACGUAGCAUACGUAGGGCACCUACAUAAAGAAUUGGCAAAAGCGAUUCGGUUCUACUCGUACUAUCGUCAUGACAACGAUCAGGUCAGUGUGGCGCUCGCGAUUGCAAAACGAAAAAAGACGAGUAUAUUUAGUUGGUGUGGUAGUAGGAAUAGUGAUAAUGAGGAAGCGAGACACGCUUUGGACUUGGCGGAUUUGAUGACGGCGAAUUGGUCGCCUCAGAAAAUUGAGUUGAAUCACGUGGAUCCGUUUAAAGAGUAUUUGCGUGUCGAGUUUGAUAAAGAGAAUGGCAAGUUUCUGGAGGUGUUUGUUGAAAUGGCCGAGGAACAAUCAAUAUUCAACAACUCGGAGCCGACAUUCGAAGACGUGAUAACACUCUGGAUUGCCGUUCUAAUUUGGGCAUUUCAAUUUAUCUCCACCAGUAUCAUACAUCGUCGAAUAGCAUCACGAAUUACAGCACGAAUUACCGGUGUUUUAAUACAAUAA